CUCCAUCAAGCGCUCCCGCGAUCACCACGGAGGCAUCGUCUGGCGGCGUGCCAUCCGAGCACCAGCGGAGAGCACAGAAGAUCUGAGACCAAACCGUAUGUGGGGCCAGACGUGCGUGCAGCAAGGGCUCGGCUGCACACAAAGUGGCUCUGCAGAAGCGGCCAGCAUCGGAUCGAACGUCGGGUCGGAGCGGGACGCACGAGGACGGAGGAGCGGAAGCAGACAGGAGGAGCAACGCCGCGGCUGGAGCAAGCAGUCCUCCAAACGUCUGGGGAGCUGCCCACGGUGAAAAAAACAGCCCGGGGGGAGAGCCCGCGUCUUGGCGGCGAGCAGGGCAGCGGGGCGAAGGUGGAGGGAGGGAUAGAGAGGAGGGGGAGGAGGAGGAGGAGCCUGGGGAACAUCCUCCAACGACCGGCGGGCAUGUCUGCAGCUUGGCGGCGCGCCCAGAGGUGCAGCUUUCUCUCCCGCGAGCCGCGGGGUCACGUGCCGCCCCCGCCGCCGCCCCACCAGCCGCCGAGCGACAGCAGGCCGCCAACGGCCCCGCCCUGCGGCGCCGCGGGCCCCGCGGCCUCGAGGGGCAGUUGCUGUGCCAACCCCCCUCGGUGCGCGCCGCCGGGACGGACUGCACCGCGUCGCGGAACAGCUUCCGCACGCGGGUGAACUCCACCCCGCAGACCUCCGCCUGCUGCACGCGCGUCUCCGCGCCAGCGGGCCCCUUGCCGGCGCGCCCGCGCGCGUGCAGCUCGGCCAGCCGCCGAUGGGCGAGCCGCGCGUUGGCGGUGUAGGCCUCGCCCUCGUGCUGGUC